ACGAACCCAAUGUCUUCACACGCUCUUUUCACUCUACUUCUUCUGAUCGGAUUCUCUCGAUCCGAAAAAAUUAACCCAUCUCUUCUAGAUUUUACCAUUGUUUCCACCACCACUAGUCCCCAACCAGACAAUAACCAACUGAAGACAUUCGACGAUAGCGUUCCCAAAAACUGUAAGGAAGUUCAAAAGACGGGCUACAACAUCUCCGGUAUCUACUUCGUUCAACCCAAAUCAGCCCCUGAACCUUUUUUGGUACUAUGCGACAUGCACACCAGAGGAGGUGGAUGGGCCACCAUCCUCAACAGGUUUAAUGGUACCCAAAACUUCUAUUUACCUUUUUCGGACUACGAACGGGGAUUUGGAGGGCUGCGCAACGAAUUUUGGUUGGGUUUAGACAAGAUUCACUACUUAACCGGGCACCAAAUUAACCAACUUCUUGUAGAGUUGGUCGACUGGGACUCACAAAAGGUGUUUGGGCUUUAUGACUCCUUCGUGGUUGGGGGUAAGAGUGACGACUACGUUGUCAAAGUGUUGGAAGGGUACAGUGGUACCGCUGGGAACUCUCUGGUUAAUGAAGUUGAUAUGAAGUUCAGUACCGGAGACAACGAUAAUGAUUUGUGGAGCGGUGGGAAUUGUGCUUCGUUUUUCCAGGCUGGCUGGUGGUACCGGAGUUGCAAGAACGCCCAUCCCACUGGGAAAUAUUUGGGGAGGAAUUUUUCGGAAGAGGACGCUUAUCACGGGAUGAACUGGAAGACCUUUCGUGGAGAAAAAUAUAGUCUGAAAGAAAUAAGAAUGAUGGUUAGACCACGAACAUAAAAGUGUUUUUUAUAUUAAUAAAUCACUAUUGACAAUAAGUUAAUCAAUCAAUCAAAUUUCUUGUAUCUUGUCAGCACUGAUAAAUUUUAUCUGUAU